AUGUUGUUCAACUGCCAGUCUUUGCUCGUAGGGAUCUCCUUGAUUUCUCAAGCUCUUUCUGCACCUCUCUUGGAAUCUAGGGCAACUUCUGCCGCCUCUGCUUUCCCUGAUCUGCAACGUGCAGCACAACUUUCUUCCGCUGCAUACAGCGGUUGCCUUGGAAAAGCCUUUGAUAUCACUAUUACCAAGAGGAUUUAUGACCUCCUGACCGACACGAAUGGAUUCAUUGGAUACUCCACUGAAAAAAAGAAAAUCUCGGUCGUCAUGAAGGGCUCGACUACAAUUGCCGACAUCUUGAAUGAUAUUGACACUACUCUCGUCACUCCCUCGCUCUCGGGCGUGACAUUCCCUUCCAACGCGAAGAUCAUGCAAGGGAUUAACAAGCCUUGGUCUGCCGUACACGAUACCGUCAUUGAGGAAGUCAGAUCACUCAUCGCAAAGUACCCGGAUUACACUUUGGAGGCAACCGGACAUUCCUUAGGUGGUUCCCUCACAUACAUUGCUCACGUUGCACUGGCACAGAACUUCCCGGGCAAGGCACUCACCAGCAAUGCUCUUGCUGCCUUUCCCAUUGGAAAUGAAGCAUGGGCCACCUUUGCUAGCUCCCAGGCUGGUACCUUGAACCGUGGAAAUAACAUUGCUGACGGUGUUCCCAACAUGUACGUGAGCGCGCUUUUCAAUUUUAAGCACUAUGGAACAGUGAGUUAUCCCAUCAACACCCUUUUAUAUACCAAUUUUCACUCGCUUAUCGACCAUGGCCAUGCACAGGAAUACUACAGCUCUGGCUUGAAGGCCACCUGCGUGAAGUGUGAGGGCCAGCGUGAUCUGGCUUGCUCUGCGGGCAAUGGCAUGUACAGCGUCACUAUCGGUCACUUCUCAAGCUUUGGUAUUACGAUGUUGACUGCUGGUUGUGGCUUGCUUUGA